UUCUCAAAUGUCAGAAGUGGGUUAACCUCAAGUCACCCUCUGGAAGCCACUGAGAAAAAUGUAAGCCACUUUUGAAAGAAAAAAGAACUAGGAAUUAUUAGCCAACAAUGUUUGAUUUAAACUUUCCCAAGGGUAUUUAUACUGUACUGGUAUACCUACCUGGCGACCUGGAAGAUAUAAUUAUUUUACAAUAUGCAGUGCCUACACUCUUCUCAACAUGCAUCUUUCCUCUCAAAAUCGUUUUGAUCAUGCACUGUAGGAUUACUAUUAUUAUUAUUAUUAUUAUUAUUAUUAUUAUUAUUAUUAUUAUCAUCAUCAUUGAAUUUGUUUAGAUGUAUUAGUUUUCUGUUUUGAUUUCAUAGUUUUUACAAAACCAAGAGAUGCUUGACUUUAAGAUGCUCAGGAACACUCAAGGACUUCAAGCUCCAUUGAAACUACAGAUGGAACGCAGUGUUGCGUCCAAGGUAAAUGAAAAUUACUUCUUCAAGCCAGCUUUUUUUUUAUUGUAUUUCACUGACAAUAAUUGGUCUGUCUUCUCAAGUUUGCAUUCCAUGAUUCCUAAUGUCUCAUUUUAAAUUGCAAGGCCACAUUGGAAAGAGAUGAAACUGAUCUUUUUUUUAUUUUGUUGAAAAGUCACUUCUUCUGAACUAAGCAAUUGAUUUUUGUCAAACUUUUUCAAAUGGUAGGAAGGUUAGCAUAUUGAGAAAUAUAAUGAUUUUUUAUUAAUUCUGUCAACACCUUAUAAACUUACAGAUUCAACGGUUACCAUGUCUGCCAAGUUCAAUGGUUGCUUUAGAUACUCUAAUGGGUACAGAUGAGAGUUUAGGAUUUGAAGACUUCUUGAAUGGUAAUUUUAGAUAUUACAGUAAGAUUGUUUUUAAGACCUUCCCCAACAAACUGCAAUAUUUUUUUACCCUCAAAAUACUGUAGCCACUUUUUACAGGAUUUGUAGAAAGUGCUACUCAUCAGCUAUCUGAUUCAUAUUUAAACAGUCACACUUGAAAAAAAGAAAGAAGAAGAAAUUCCUUUAGCCUGGUUUUCAGUAGCGUAUAACAUAAGCAAAAGGACAUACGCACACGUAGAAUGGCCUAUUUGACUGAAUUCUCAAUACCAGCUCUCCUCAACCCGAUGAUAAACAAGAUGGCAGACGAAGUGUCCGCCGUAUUGCUUUUGAUAUGUUCGCAUGAGGUCUGGGUCAAAGUGACCUACGAUUGGUCCACAGCCUUGUGCUUACCAGUAUGCUUGUGCUUAUGUCAACCCAGUUUUCAAUAGUCAAAGCUACGACAUAAGCACAAGCACAAGCAGAAGUUUAUCUUGAGCUUAUGCUUAUGCCUAUGUUCACCCAGUUUUCACUUGCUUACACAUGUGCUUGUGCUUAUGCUUAUGUGCUAGUGAAAACCAGGCUUUUAAAGGCCUAGCAAGCAUUAUGACAGGAAAGUACUGCUCAGUGCCUUUCUCUUGAUUGGUCACAUUACAGAAACUAUUAGACAAGAAUGUUUCAAACCCAUUUUUAUGACAAUAUUGAACAAUGCACCACUUAUAUAUUGCAUAGACUAACAAUGUUGUUGAUCAAAAAACCUCAGUUUAUUUUAACAUAAAUUAACACCUAGCUAAAAAGCUAUUUUACAAACACAUGGUCCAUUUCAUAAAAUACCAAAAUAAUCUGAAAGGGGAAGGGACAGCCUUGCUGAGGCAUAUAAAUUAGGAUAAGUUUCCUAACCCUAACCCUAACCCAUUUAUGGCUGUCAGUGAACAAGGUCAUAUUGUUAUUAUCUGUUUGUGAAAGUCAAUUUGUAAAUAGUAAUUUUUUCCUGUGUUUCAGUUCAUGGCGAUUCUGAGGUUAUGUCUGAUCCACAUCUUACAAUGGAAUACAAACUUGGGCUUCAUUGA